AUGGCCAAGAAAGGCGGCAAGAAGCACAACAAGGCCAAGCCCAAGGGCGGCCCUCCCAAGCUCCCAACAGCUGCUCCCGCCCACGAGGAAGAAGACAACAUUGUUGCCGGUGAAGCACCCGCUGAAGAGACCAAGAUCGACCAGACCACAGAAACAGAAGAAGCUCCGGCGGCAGCCCCUGAAAAGGACGUGUCGACCGCGCCUGCAGAGGAAGUGAGCGAGGAUGUUGACACCAAGCCGGCCGUCGAGUCGAAGGAAGAGGAUGCAACGCUCCCGGUGCGCGAAAAAGACGCCGCGGCCGAGAAGCCAGCAGAACAGCCAGUCGAAAAGCUAGCCGAAGAACCCGCUGAGAAGGCAGUAGAAAAGCCCGCUGAGACACCAGCCGAGAAACCAGCCGAGAAGCUAGUUGAAAAGCCCGCUGAAGCAAAGACCGAAGCCCUCGCUGCCGCGAAGCCAACGGAGACCAAGGCUGAGAAGCCUAUUGAAAAGGCUGCCGAAAAGGUCCCCGAGCCUGCUGAGGAAGCCAAGAAAGAGGUCACAGAACAACCCUCCCGCAAGAUCAGCAAGGAAGAACUGCUCCAGGCAACGCAAGAAAAGGUCGCGCAGACCGGCGGUCCUCAAGCCAGCGAGACUGCGUUGGAGACUGGCGCCCUUGGUGCAGCUGUAGGCGCCGCCGGAGUGGCGGGCACUGCCGCAGUUGUGCAGCAUGAAAAGACAGCUGCCAAAGAAACCAACGGCCACGUCCUCGAGAACACUCCUAGCACUGCCGAAGCCCCCCAUGUCAAGCGCUCGCACGAAGAACCACUGUUCGCCCUCCCAGACCAGGAUCAGCCGCUUAAGAAAGCCAAGGUUGAGGAAGCAGAGGGAAAACCAGCUGCUGCAACUGCUACAACUGCUGCUAAAGGCCAAGAACCCGCCAUGUCGGCCACGCUCGAAGAGCCCUUUUCUCAAGCGGCGAUUGUCUCGCCCAGUUCAGCACCAGUCUCUGCAGAGCAACAGACCAAGCCGGAAAUCGCACCGGUCCAAAAGGAGCCCGCUCCUGCUGCCCAGGCCGAGAAGCCCACAGAAACGCCUCUGUCGACACAAAACGCAGAGUCAACGGCCCGGCCAAUCAACCCUGCGGUCUCUCUACCAGCAGAGCCCAAGCCGGCUGCCAAACCGAUCAACGGACGAGGCGUUGAUCAGGAAGCACAGCCCGCAGACACCAAGCCAGCUGAGAGCACGUCCGCCGCACAGAAAGAAGCCAAAAAGGGCGGUUUUGUGUCGUGGAUCAAGCGCAAGUUCAAGGGCGACAAGGCGACUGCAUGA